GCGUUGACAACAGCGAGUACAUGCGGAAUGGAGACUUCCUACCCACUCGCCUGCAAGCCCAGCAAGAUGCUGUCAACAUCGUGUGCCACUCCAAAACGCGCAGUAACCCCGAGAACAACGUGGGGCUCAUCACCUUAGCCAACAACUGUGAAGUGCUGACCACGCUCACUCCAGACACGGGCCGGAUCCUCUCAAAGCUACACACGGUGCAACCCAAAGGAAAAAUCACCUUUUGCACAGGGAUCCGAGUUGCUCACCUGGCUUUGAAACAUCGCCAAGGCAAGAACCACAAGAUGCGAAUCAUCGCCUUCGUUGGGAGCCCUGUAGAAGAUAACGAGAAGGAUCUGGUGAAACUGGCAAAGCGUCUUAAGAAGGAGAAAGUCAACGUUGACAUCAUCAAUUUUGGAGAAGAGGUGAGACUUCUGCCGCGUUUCUGGCAUAAGAUCCAAGGCAGGAUUCUGUACCCUCCCCAGCCCAGAGCCCGUACUCGGGCACGCUGGAACGAUAACUCCGCCCCUGCAGAGCUGCCCUUUCUGUGCCGUCCUCCCCUUCGGCCCGAGCGGAGGGUGAAGCGCCAGUACGCGGUUGCCCUGUUCACUUCUUCCCCUGCGAUGCCGCAGCGGGAUCUGGUCUCCGAGGUGGAGAUGGCCGUCGAGGCGCAGAGGAGCUCUCCCAAGGGUGCAGCCCGUCCCUGGGCGGCACCAGCGUGCGAGGGAUGCUGUCCCGGCCUGCGCCGCGGUGCCCUCUCGCAGGGACGCUGCGCGCUGCCAGCUGCAGCCAUCAGCAGAAGCUUCCUGCGGCCGGGGGAAGCCGGAGCAUCACGUCGAGGCGAGAUGGGGGCCUGA